GCGCCUUAAUGGCAGCUGAUAUGGAAACGAGAUAUUUCGUUAUCUUAUGACUGCGUCGAUUUGAUUGGUUAAUUUGGAGCUGUCACUCAGGAGCAGUGGGCGUGUCCGGUUCGCGUCGUUUAGGUGUAGCAGCUGGUGCGCGCGCUCGCGGUGUUCUGAGUGCGGGACACCAUCAGGUUGUGUUUAACUUUCCGUAACUUUAUACACUGACAGCGGAGACCUGGUGCUGUGAACAACCUCAUGUGUGUUGGCGAUGGCCGAAGCGCCGCAGCUCCAGACGCGCGACUCGGACCCGGAUUUCGAGCCUUUCUGCCGCCCGCGGUCCUGCACCUGGCCGCUGCCCAGACCCGAGUCGUCUCCGGCGGCUUCUGGAGCGGAAGCAGAGUCGCGAGACCUGGACUUCAUGGGCGGGUUGAGUUUGGCUUUGCUGGAGGAGCCGGAGACGGAGACGGAGGACAGGAAAGCGCACGGAUUUCGGAGCGAUGAGGCGCCGCCGCAGCAGCAGCAUCAGCAUCCAGCGCUGUCCACCGCUCAGGUGCAACAGGUGCCUCAGCAUCAUCAGGUGCAGGUGCAGGUGCAGCCUCUUUCCUCCUCUUCAUCCUCUACGACCUCCUCUACCUCCUCUUCAUCCUCCACAUCCUCAUCGUCGUCUUCGUCGUCCGGGCAGAGAAAGAGCAGCUCAUGUCGGAGGAACGCGUGGGGCAACAUGUCGUACGCAGACCUGAUCACGCAGGCGAUCGAGAGCUCACCGGAGAGACGACUGACCCUGGCGCAGAUCUACGAGUGGAUGGUGAAGAGCGUCCCCUACUUUAAAGACAAGGGGGACAGCAACAGCUCAGCCGGCUGGAAGAACUCGAUUCGUCACAAUCUGUCUCUGCACAGCCGCUUUGUGCGCGUCCAGAACGAGGGCACGGGGAAAAGCUCGUGGUGGAUUCUGAACCCUGAAGGAGGGAAGAGCGGAAAAUCCCCGCGCCGCAGAGCAGCGUCCAUGGACAACAACAGCAAGUUCGUCAAGAGCCGCGGCCGAGCCGCUAAGAAGAAGGUCGGCCUGGACGGCGGCUCCACCAGUCCCGGUUACUCCAAGUGGAGUCCGAACUCUCACAGUAACGAUGAUUUUGAAACGUGGGGCGGUUUCCGGACUCGGGCCAGCUCGGACGCGAGCACGCUGAGCGGCCGGCGCUCUCCUUUCCUCACCGAGGAGGACGUUAGCGAGGGAGGAGAACUGCACCUCGGAUACCAGGCCACUAAAUUAGCCUCCAAACUGCCCAGUCUGUCCGAGGUGACCGGCUCGUUCGGCUCCAAGAACCUGAUGAUGGAGAACCUGUUAGAUAACCUGAACCUGCUUUCACCCAAGAACAGCGGCGACGCUCCGAGCGCUCCGUUCGGUCCCUACAGCCCAGCGCAGGACUUCCACAAGUGGCAGAGCGGCCUGAGCGUCACCUCCGUGACCGGACACAGUCUGUCCAGCAGCAAGGCGGUGGGGUAUAACCCCUACAUAGGGCAGUAUAAUUGCCCUACAGGGCUUUUAAAGGAACUCCUGAGUAACGACGGGGAACCCAGAGGAGACGUCUUGCCCCCCAUGGAGGCAGCGGGGCCACAAGGAGGGAGGGUUUUACCCCCCUAUAGUGCUCAAGGGCACAUGGGACAAGCAGGAAAAGCCAUGGGUUCACACACACACGCUCACACACACACCUCUACAGCAGUGGGCAUGAAUAGGUGUGCCCUCCUGCCUCAGGGACAUCUCGGUCGUCAUGGCAACAUGAAGCCGUAUCCCUUGCUGCCGCACAUGGGGGGAGGAGGAGGAGGAGGAGCUGUCGAUUCCACACCGCCAAGUUACUGCAUCGUCAACAGCAACGGUUUCCACAGACACGCCCCGGUUCUGCCGCAUCAUCACCACCAUCACCAUCACAACCACCUGGAGCGGUUGCCUAGUGACCUGGACGACAUGGCGAUCGAGCGGCUGGAGUGUGACGUGGAGAGCGUGCUGCACGACACGCUGAUGGACGGAGACGCGCUCGACUUCAACUUCGACCCGGCUGCCAGCCAGCAGGGCUUCACACACACUGCUGUCAAGAGUAACACACACAGCUGGCUGUCGGGGUAAACACACACACGCACACACACACACACACACACACACACACACACACACACACACACACACACACACACACACACACACAUUGGCAGUCAUUCAUUAAGAAAUGAUUUUUAAAAGUAUAAUAUUUAGAAGUUGGGAGAUUUUAUUGUUGUUCAGAAUUUUUAAUGCACAAAAAGCUGAAUUUUCCUCCUUUUAUCAGUCGGUUUUUUUCCCACCAUUAUAAUUGAUUAAAGAAGAAUAAAUCUGCUAUGAAAUUAGUAUAAUAAUAAUAAUAAUAAUAUUAAUAAUAAUAAUAAUAAUAAUAAUACUAAUAUGCAUAAUAAUAAUAAUAAUAAUAAUAAUAAUAAUAAUAUUAAUAAUAAUAAUAAUAAUAAUAAUAAUAAUAAUAAUAAUAAUAAUAAACUGAAAGACAUUCAUCUGUUGUUUUUAAUGACUAUAUGCCUAAAUUUUUAUUUUAUUUUUUUUUUUUUUUUGUAAUAAAUUGAAAAUAAAAGUGAAACAGAGAAAAUUAUAACGUAAUAAAAUAAAGUGGAGCUUUUACACGAAUAACUGAGACUUUAGUACAGAGAUGUACAGGACAUACUGUAUAUAUAAUGUACAACACUGUGUGUGUGUGUGUGUGUGUGUGUGUGUGUGUGUGUGUGUGUGUGUGUGUGUGUGUGUGUGUGUGUGUGUGUGUUUGAGGGUCUUUAACUUUUCUGCUCUGUUUUGUUGUCCUAAAGCUCUUAUAUAAACCCCUUUAAUGCAGCUCCAGAGUCUGAUGGUGUUUGUAUUUGACGUUUUCUCCCCUUUUUUGGUCUGAUGUUGAUUUUAAAGCUUGUAUGAGUCUGAGAGCAGCAGCAGGACGCAGGAGCUUCAGCUCAGAGAUUUCACUAACAGACAGAAAAAAAAUGAUCAUUUUGUGUUUCGCUGGAAAAUCUGACCACAAAGAAACGGGACGUAACAACACAAAUAAGUUCAGCGACGAUCAGACACGGAGUUGUUUUUGUCUUAGACUCUUCAGCUUUUAAUCAUCUUUGUAUCUUUACCGAAUUCUCGUCAUGAGGCUCGUCACGUGCUGACGUACGACGUGACGCUUCUUCUGCUGCUCCUCGAGUUCAUUUCGUUUGUUGUUGUUGUUUUUUUUGUUCCCCAAAUGAUUUUUUCCUCAGCUGAAAGCUCGAUGAGACGCGAUCAGUUUCUCUUCACACUGUGUUUAAAAUGCAGGAGAUUUGUUGUUUGUUUGUUUUUGUUUUUUUAUAUUUUUAUCUAUUUAUUUCUGACUAAAACACACCGGGUGGCACUGACAUUGAGCACUGGAACAUUAUUUCUCUUUAAAAUGUAAAUAAUAAUUUGGAAUAUUUGAAUUGUGUCGAUGUGGAAGGCGUCGUGUUGUUGUUGUUGUAAUAUGUUUAUAUUUUGUGUAUUAUGUCUCUAUUAUAACUUGUAACCGUGUUCAGGAAUCUGAUAUUAAUUACUCGACCAGACCUCCGGUCUUUACUACCUGCCUUUUGUUGUUCUUUUUGUUUGUUUGUUUUUUGUUUUUUACAAUCAAUUCUGUAAAAGAUCUAAAGUGCCUGUAAGACGUGAGUUCGGUGGCGUUAAAGAUCGUCGCUGAGCCGGAAUGUAACGGAGAAGUUUUACUGAGACGUUUGUUCUGUAAAGUCCUGAAGUAGAUAAACGAGUUAAUGAACAUAA